AUGGCUUCUGUUAUGGCUAUUGGUGCCGGCGCUGCCGUUGCAGCCUUUCUCGGCCGAGCCGGUCUCGUCGCAUGGCGACGUUCGCGCGGAGGAGUUGGAGCCAUGGGCAAGGCUUUCUACAAGGGUGGUUUCGAGCCCAAGAUGAACAAGAAGGAGGCUUCUCUCAUCCUCUCCCUCAACAUCACCAAGGACAAGGUCCGCAAGGCUCACCGAAAGCUCAUGCUUCUCAACCACCCCGAUCGAGGCGGAAGUCCCUAUCUCGCUACAAAGGUCAACGAGGCCAAGGAAUUUUUGGACAAGAAUAGCUGA